ACGGACAGAAACUCAGAAUAUAUUUGUGUUUCCAGCAACAAUAAAAACUUCGCUUUUGACUGUGAGGAGAAUUUAAAUAAUAACCGUUUGUUUAACCUGAGGAACACAUUUGGAUUAUUCUUGUGAAAACAGCAUCUGAUGAAGAGAUGAACGCUCAGCCUGAUGAAGAGACAAACAGUCUGCCCCGCAUGCUGCUGGACAGUGAGGACUCUGACGAAGAAGUCAGUCAAGAGGAACCGGCACUCACAAGCUGGAACGAGCUGUCCAUCAUAGAGCGUGUCGGCCUCAACAGUGUGGAGAUGUCAGAGAAAGAUCUGGAGACGGCCUUCUCUCAGAUCGCUCUGGCCGUCCGCUGUGAUCAGUACACGCUGAAGCAGAGGCUGCAGGCGGAGGAGCACGCGCGCAACUUGGCUGAGGAGAACAUCCAGCUGGAGCUGACCAGAGGCAGGGAGACCCUGGAGGUGCAGUAA